CCCUUGGGGAACCGGGAAGUAGAAACUAAGUGGGAUGUCUUCGACUUUCUUUCUCUCUGCAAACAGUCGUUCCUUUCCGCUCCACAGGAAUGUACUCUGCACUGACGGGUCUAAACACUGGGCGAAGGUCUGCCAGUGACAGGCCGCAACAUUUUUAGGCAGGAAUGAGACUCCCUCACCGCUGAGCUCAAGAUGAGAGAGUGGUGGAUUCAUGUGAGUUUGAUCUGCAUCCCCCUGGUAGCCGUCUACCUGCACAUCCCGCCCCCUCAGCUGUCACCUGCCCUGCAGAAGUGGCACAGCGCCGGGCAGGUCUUCCACUUCAGGGGCAGGGAGAUCUUUUAUAGAGAGUCUUACGGUGCUUUGGGAACCUCUGAUGUUGUCAUUCUGCUCCAUGGCUUCCCCACCUCCAGCUAUGAUUGGAGCAAGAUCUGGGAGCCACUCACCCAGCGCUUCCGUCGAGUCGUCGCGCUGGACUUCCUGGGUUUUGGCUUCAGUGACAAGCCACGACCGCACAAGUACUCCAUCUUCGAGCAGGCCAGUGUGGUGGAGGCCCUGGUGGCUCACUUGGGUCUGAGCAACCAGCGAGUGAAUCUGGUGUCCCAUGACUAUGGGGACACUGUGGCCCUGGAGCUGCUGUACAGGAGUGACCAAAAUCGCACAGGUCACCUGACCUUCAACAGCCUGUGCCUUUCUAAUGGAGGAUUAUUCCCAGAAACACAUCACCCGCGGCUGCUGCAGAUGAUUCUGAAGGACUCCAGUUUUCUGGCUCCAAUUCUGACACGUCUCACCAACUAUAUGAUCUUCCAAAAGGGGAUUGGAGACGUGUUUGGUCCGUACACGCAGCCCACAGACGCCGAGUUCUGGGACAUGUGGACGGGUAUACGCUACAACGAUGGCAAUUUAGUUAUGGACAGUAUUUUGCAGUUCAUCAACCAGAGACUAAAACACAGAGAUCGAUGGGUGGGCGCACUCACCUCCACCUUCGUUCCACUGCACAUGAUCUACGGACCCCUGGACCCAGUCAACCCUCAUCCCCAGUUCAUCCGUCUUUACCAGAAGCUGGUCCAGAGGUCAACAGUCACCAUUCUGGACGAACACAUCAGUCACUACCCUCAGCUGGAAGAUCCCACUGGCUUCCUGAAUGCAUACUUCAAUUUUAUUCAUUCCUUCUGAAGGGAAACCAAAUGCACCAGCUGUGUUCAAGAACCUGUACAAGCUGUUAGGCUCUUCAAAGUGAUAAAUGACCUUUCCUGAUGAUCGUAAGCAGAAGGAAAGCAUCAGUUUGAAAGUUAAUCAUGAAUGAUGGGCUAAUUUACCAGCAUCAACUCCUGAAAUGUCAAUUACUGGCAUUAGGAGACAAAAUCGGAGCUAGAAGCAUGAUUAAUUGUACUCAUUGCAACUAAUCUGAAGGUGAAGGUGUUAAUUUUGAACACUCAGAGGAAGCAUGAUGUCGUGUGAUUAUUGAAUUCAUCUGUGGGAUGCUGUUAUUCAUUUUCAGUUGGUCGAGUCCUGCAAUGUGCUGCACUCUCAGUGAAUUUUGAUAUGAUUUUCUACAUUUCUCUUGAUGUUAAUGAAAAAAACUAAAUGUCAGCUUUUCUUCAAAUAAAAUUAGUUUUGUAAAAAAAAAAGAAAGUGUUUAAAAACUGGAUGAAUAAACAGUGAUGUACUUUGAUAGAAUUUAUUGAAGAUUUGACAGAAGAAUAUUCUUACUGUGACGAAAAACGAGGACCAGCAGACAGUGUAAAGAAACAGUGAAGAAACACUUUUCCAUUAAUAUUGUAAUAAAACAUUUGUUUUUUUGGGUUGGC